CAGAUCUCGUAAAUGUCUUUCCUGAUUCCCGUUCCCCCAUAAACGUUGCUUAUGAACACAGAUGCAUGCUUUCCAGUCCAUCAAUAUAUCUUCUACCCCCGCCCUCUUCCUCGUCCUAAAGUCUGCCAUCUGUCUUUGUUCGUUUUUUCAUCCUAUAGCAGUUUGUUUCUGUGUCAUACUCUAAUUAUUUAUACCUGCUGCUGUGACUGUGAUCGUACCACCACACAUCCUAACCUGUCAUGGCUGUCAUUUGGGGUCUUGACCUCAGGGAUAUGAAAUGGAGCAAAUUCAAAAGCUCAUAUAUGUUUGGUAACAAAGACUACCACUUGCGACGCACAAAAUUCGUUGUCUACCAGAUUGCUAUGCUGUUUUGUGUUGUGUCGGAAUCAGUUGGAACAGCUGCACUAUCAGACUACGUCGAUCAACAGUCGGAAAUCGAGAGACUCCAUUCCUCUGCCAGAGUCCACAACAACGACUUUGUUGGCAUUGCUUCGUAUAAUAUCUUUGUUGGCGUCGCUGUCGCCACCAUCUUCGGAGCCGCUUUCUUCUUCGAUCUCUUCUUUCCCGAACGCUAUGAGCCCAAGAACAUUCGCUGGUCAUGGCGGAUCAGUGCCAUAGUCGUGACCAUCAUGACUUUGGCCUCUGCCAUUGCAUUGACUGUCAUCGUCGCCACUGGCGAGGCUUGGAUUUCCGCCGACUCAGAAGAUGCUCGACAAAUCGCCCUGCAGCACCUAAGUCCACCUCUUCGCUAUCGUGACAAUGGCAAAGCCAUUGCUAGCGUUGUAUGCCUGUGGAUUGGUCUGGUCGGCGCCAUUGCGAGUUGUAUCGUCCUUUGGCUUUACUACGCUCACCUCGACACGUACGGUCCAAAGUCACACAGUGCUCGCAUGCGAGAUGGCAAUGCCGACAAGCCUCCACCGAACAGAACGAGUCCAUUAGUCUCAGAACGCGAAUCCCAGCGACAUCAAGCCUCCUGGAACUUACGGAACCCUCGGGUAUAGCCGAGACCACCAUUUCACGCCCAGAGCUGUAUCUUGACGCAACCAGGGGGCGUUUUACUCGUUUUUUCUCGUUUUUUGAGCCAUUUUGGACAGGAAAAAGGGACAGAACGGACAGUGACGAUUGAAACCUGUUCCUGAGGAAAAGGCUAUAGAUCUCAACUUGUUCAUACCGUCCUUUAUGUGGACUGUCAACUCGGCUGGAUCACUGUACCUGUCUCGAACCUCGGUAUUUGUUCGUGUUUCGUGUGAAUCUAAUCGAGUCAUGAUACUCUAUCAUCCGAUGCCCAUGACCAAUCUAAACCAGGUCAAUGCAUCCAGUCUUUGCGACUGGCCGGGUACUAAUGGUACACCUUGGCCCAAAAUUGGUCGCUUGGGGAGACCACCAAAACAAUAUGGCCCCCAUGUGUAUCAACUUCACCGAGCUAAUGCUGUAGGCUCUGCCGAAUCAUCCAAAAUGCGACCAACUCUCAACCGCUCGCUUUCCCGUGAAGCGUCCCUUCACUGACUCGUGUCCAUCGCAUCAUCUGGCGCUGUCGUGCUACUUUCGACCCCAGCUGCACUGUCUUCGGUCUUCACCGUCUCCACAAAAUCCCGGCGUCGAUUCCCAAUUUUCUCCUCCUUGAACUUGGCAAUCUUCUCCUUGACGUCGGUCGCUAAAAGAGGGAGUCGUUAGCUUCAACUUUCCGAGAGAGAUUGGGGCAAACAUGUGUCUUGUUGGACUUACCUGGAAUGACAUCUUCAAUCUUCAAAGGCACUCGAUUGAAGGGGUCGUGCGGAUCGCUCAACAGAUGACUUCUGAUUGUCGACCGAUCGAUCACGAUUUUGGAGAUGGGCAACAACACGGGAUCCUCCAUCAACGUGUACAUCAGAGGAUCCAAGAACUCGUCGGGAAUUUCACCCAGAUCUGCAUCAGCCGCUUCGUCUUCACUCUUGGCCUUUGCAAUUCUCUCAAUCAGCCGGCUCCAGCGUUGAAGUUGCUGUGGUGACUUGAGCACAAAUUUCUUGAGAAUGUUGCCCGCGGCCACAAAGUUCUCCGACUUGUAGGAUCGGCCAUCGCGCGCGACUGCCAGGAUGAAAUUCUCCUUUUCACUUAGAUUUAAAUACACAUCAACAAUCUCAGACAAGAGUGCCUUAGGAUUGAAGUUGUAUUCUUGAAGGUUAUCCACCUUAAGGGAUGUGCUCUUGGGUGGCACCAUCGCAUCGAGAUUAUAGUCCAACAUGUCUGCAAGACGUUGGACAAUUUCUGGCAUGGUAAAGGCAUCUGCGAGCGCCUCGGUGAAGAGUUUCACCAUGCCCACCGUUUCAUUGGUCAGCUGCAUGUACGACUUCGCCUUCCCCUUUGCAGAUUCGAGCGCUUCUUCCUUCUCUUGUCGUUGCUGUUCGUUCAACGAAGUUCCCGCCAGUGCCAGCUCGUGGGAGAUGUCGUAGAUCUGGUGGAACGACGUGAACGAUUCGUCGAGGACAAAUGUGACAUCGUUGAGAAGCAGAUUGACAAAUCUGACGAAAAACUCAAUGUUGACCUUUGCUUCUCGCAGUAGGUUGUCUCGGUAGACCGGGUUCGACCAAAUACAUUUGAUAAUUUGGAAAAUCUCAAAUCGCACGUUAAACUUGUCGAAAAACUGUCCAUGACCUCCCAUGAAUUCAGCUUCGAUGAAGAACUGCAUCAAGGAAUGCAACAGAUUUUCUGUGGCAAAGGGCAUGCUGUUGUAUUGGUCUGCCAGAAUUCCUCGGCCGCCCUGCCGCCAUGACCAGGUCCCUCUGAAGAGAAUGGUCACAAGCGAGGCUUUCAGGUAUGGAUUCUUGAUAUACUCGGCGUUUCUCAAGAAUGCAAUGCAAAGCAUGAUGAGCUCGUCAGACUGAGUGGGCGAAAUGACUUGUGGCAUGUUAUACAUGAUAUAGCCAAAGUUGCCGCUGAUGAUUUCGAGAAAAUACUCGGGAAGAUUUUUGAAGGCGUCUGGUUGUUCAGGCGACAGAGGAAGCGUCAGUUUCUCAUUGGGAAAUUGUCGGUUGGGAGAUACUUGUCGAAGCAACCAGACGGUGACAAAACGCAUGAAUUGCAUGGAGCGAGUCUGUGUGAUUUCGUCGAGAAGCACGCCUUGGACCGCGUAUUUGUACGAGAGUCCUUUGUCGUGCUGAUCUCGAUACUUCUUAAGUGCCUUGUCAUACAUUUCCAACUGGACAGGGUUGUUGAUAUACUUGUGGCGUUCGCCUUCAAACUGUUCAAGCUGCUUGGCCAUGUGUUUCAGUUCUCGAUCCAUCUCCUUAAGAAUAUUUCGAGCGGCUUCGAUGCCGUAUUGAUGUGACGCGACCGUGAGGAAAAAGAGUUCCGAAAUGAAGUUAUUUGUGCCUGGCGCCUGGGUUUUGAAAUAGGAAUCCGACUGGUCUUGAUCGACAUUGAUUUUGGUCUCAUCCUUGAUGUCGACUCGGGGGUUUCUUCGGAGAUAGUCAAUAUCGACACGGUCGAUUUUGGAGAAUCGGGCAUCAAUAAAAGGCUCGCACAACUUGUCCAGGACGACGUUGACGUUGAUCAUGAAGCCGUCGCUGGAGACAGUUUUCUUGUCGACGCGCAUUGCUCUUCUCUUAUGGUUUGAAUUGACGACGAGAGCAAACCAGUCUAGAACUCGUUCGCGAGCCUCUGGAGAGGCACGGACCAGGGUGUUGACGAUAUCGAAUAACUCAUCUUGAUGAGUUCUCAAAGUCAUCUGCAAGGAUGUUUGGUUUGUUCUGACUUUACCAGGAUCCAUGGUCUUGGGUUCGUAGAAGAAGGAUGAUGUGACUUCGGCUUGCAAGGGCGAGAGUUGAAAAUAUGGACCGAGAAGAGAGGCAACCUCGAGCUGGGCGGCCGGGACUGUGGCAUCGACAAAAAUUACUGACUCCGUGAUUGCAACUGCGAUUGGUUUGUAGCGAAUCAAGUGACGUAGCAUACCGACAUAAGGCUGAUACGCUGUGUUCAUGUUUUCCUUUGCUAGUCGACGGCUGAGAUUCUCAACAGCGGCGACAAAGGCGAGCUUGAUCGACUCAUCCUCCUCAAACCGGGUGAGGGCUUCGUUCACAAAAUCCUGGCAGACCCCUCGAUCAUCGUCGGGAUCUGCUAAUAGAUGGUCUGCGAGGGCAUCGAUGCCGUCGUAGGUGGCAUCAAAGAUGUCUGGGGUUGUGAUUGAGAGGAUGCACCAAUUCAUGCACAGUCGCCGCGCCUCGAGGAGGAUGGUCCACUUUGGGUUCUCGGGCGUGCGGUCCUUGACGGCCUUUGAGAUUCGGGUGACUCUCUUCCAUGAGCCAAAGAGCCAAUCGUGGGGAGUGAUACGUUGGGAGAGGGAAGCACCGGCCUCCAUGAUGGCUUGUUCGAGAAUGGCAUUGUUCAGCAACACGGGUUGACCCUCGGACUCGAGUUCGUCUCUUAGCUGGGGGACCUGAUGGAGGACUUGGCCGUGUUGAUCCUUGGUCUGAGCAGGGUCGAAAGUUAUUCUAAAUAGAUUGCGGAGAGUGCGAUCCUCCCACUGCUCAAUGGGUUCGUUUGGUUUGGCUGAGGUUGGCCUGGACAAGCCGUUCAUCUCCCGUUUCUGGGGUGUGAUGGUCGAUGGGGUCACUCUGAUUCUGGUCGACGAAGCGGCGGGAGGUGGUGACGACGGUUUGGAGAUAUUGAUGGGCGUGCUUGAGGAUUCUGAAGGAGGUGGUGACUGGGGG